CUCCUUCUAUUAAUGAAUAAGAAGAAGAUUUAACAGGUUACUGCGACUGUAAUCAGUCUUCAGGUGAACCGCUCACGACUGAUCUGUGGAAGAAGUCAAAGAAUAUGGUGAACUGGUCUCCACUUCCAGUGACAGUGAAAAAGCGCUCUCCCUGGGUGCAGGUGGUCGGCCAUGCAGGAAACUUUCAGACGGGCAGUGAUGGACGGCUGCUGAAGAAGUACUGCGAGUGUGAACAGCAGUGUUUUCUGCAGCUCAUGAGCGACUCACUGCGGCCCUUCGUUCCUGGAUACUAUGGUGUGACUCAGUGUGAAGAGCAGGAUUACAACCUCAUGGACGACCUCCUCGCUGACUUUGACUCGCCCUGCAUCAUGGACUGCAAAAUGGGGAGCCGGACUUACCUGGAGGAAGAGUUGAGGAAGGCCUGCGAGUGUCCUCAGCCACGCAAAGACAUGUAUGAAAAAAUGAUAGCAGUGGACCCGGACGCCCCUACUGAGGAGGAGCAGGCCCAGCAGGCGGUACUCAAAACCAGAUACAUGCAGUGGAGAGAAACCCUCAGCUCAACAGCCACGCUGGGCUUUCGCAUCGAGGGCAUCAAGAAAUCAGAUGGCACUUGUAACACUAACUUCAAGAGAACAAAGUACAAAGAUGAGGUCAUCCAAGCCCUGGAGGACUUUGUGGACAACAACAUGUUAAUCUUGAGAAUUACCAACAACGCCUGAAGGAACUACGAGCUGUGCUGGAGAAAUCCGAUUUCUUUAAAGCACAUGAGGUGGUGGGCAGCUCCUUAUUAUUUAUCCAUGAUCUGACUGGCAAGGCUGGAAUCUGGAUGAUUGACUUUGGAAAGACUGUGCCCAUGCCGCCCCCUCUCACCCUGGACCAUCGCAGCCCGUGGGUGGAGGGCAACAGAGAGGACGGGUACCUCUGGGGCCUGGACAAUUUCAUUGACAUUCUGACCAACAUGCUUCCGGGGAAAUGAAAGGCAUUGUGGAUCUUCAGAAUUGUCAUUUUCUGCACAGACUGUCUGAUUUCCCUGUUUUUGUUUCUACAUGGAGAAUAGAUGAAGGUAGGAGAGAAUGAACCGAUGGAAUGGACUGACUUGUCUCAACAUUUACUACAAGUCCUACUGAUGAACAUCUUAGCCUGUGAAUUUACCUGCUGAAGCCCCUCACUAUGUGGUUGUUCUCGCUACUUUUGAAAAGCUUUUUACACUGUAAAUAGAUUUGUAUUUAAGCAGUUUGAUUAGUAAAAGAUUAGCUUAGUUUUAUGAACAUUAACUCUGCUGAUGAAAAUCAUUACAGUUGUGUUGUUUUGAUAGAUAAGUUAAGAUGCAAAAAACAGCUAUACUUUUGAAUACUAAUGAACUUCGUAGCCUGUCUGUGAUAGUUGCCAGAUAUUUUUCCUGUGUUUUGCUUAAUUUUUGUGACCAAAUGUGUCUAAUUUGUUUGGGGAUGAACUGAAUUGAAGUGCACACUAUUAACAGUCCUAUAAACUGAAGCUGAAUCAAAUCACAGAACAACAAAAACCUCUUCCACCUCUCUUAGUACUGUUUUAAUAACAUUGCUUAGCUCCUGAUAUAUGAAAAAUGUUAAAAAGUGUUUUGUGUUCGGUCUUAAGUACUAUUUUAAUUCACAUCAAACACUGUUAGUUAAACUGUUCUGCCUCACAUUCCCAUGUUGUGUGGUUUUUGCAUGCAAGCAUGAGAUGCUAAACAGCCGCUGUUAAUAGCAAGCAUAUGCCAAUCUGACUGAGAAUGGUGUGUGGGAUAUUUGAGCCAGUGCUCCUUAUGCACAAAUUCAGUGUUUGCACUUUUAAUCUGAAAUCACCUUAUUGACGUUUUGUACUGUAUAAUAAGUAAACGACUUGUGAUCAUCAUGUUGGGAGCUUUGUUGUCCUGGCUGUAUUAGUUUUGCACUUCUGGUUUCUGUGAUGAUAACUAAAUAAUCUUUUUCCAUGCUGGGUAAUUUUGUAAAGGUGUUUGACUGUCAGCAGAAUAAAUAUAAACAUGA